GUCUUAGUACGGAUUUGAAAUUCCAAACCAGCGAAUAAGCAGACGUGAUGGGGAACCAAAUUGUAACAGAUGAAUUACUGGAAUGGGAAAGCUCUCCAUCCCAAUCAGAAUGGAAGUGUCUGUAUUGCGAUACGGUGCAUCAACGUUCCGUAAGGUCCUGUGAAAAAUGUGGUAGAAAAAGCUGUUGUUGUGAGACAGACUCAAGUGAUGAAGACACUAUCAGUAUCGACAGUUUUGUUACACAUAUCAAUACACAGUUGUUGAAGCAUCUUCAGGAGAUCAGAAUGAUAGUUGUUGGCAAAAUGGGUGUCGGAAAAAGUGCAUUUUGCAACACACUGGCUGGAGAGGGACUUUUUGUGCCAGAGAGGGCAUUUCAUUCCAUUACAAAAGCUGCUCAUAUGGAAAUUACAGAGAGAUUUGACCGUGAUCUUCUACUCAUCGACACUCCUGGCUUCGGAAAUAAAGAACGUCGUAAAGAGAUAGUGGAGUUCAUAGAGGGUGUGGGGGAUCUGUUUCUAAGAGUAGCACCAGGAUUCCACUGCAUAGCCUUCGUUUUAAGUUUUGAGUCUCGUGUCACUCGAGAUGACAUUCAGUUGCUGGAAGACGUCAAAAGAGUAUUAGGAAAGGAAGUUAUGGGUCACAUGAUUCUUGUCUUUACGAGAUGCCCCAAUCAAAUUGCGUUGAAGGAGAAAUUAAAGACUGCUACUGGUCCUAUUAAGAAAAUCUUAGAAGAGGUAGAAUAUCGAGUAUUUGGGGUUGAAAAUGAAACGGGCGAUCGUGAUCAGCUCGCAUCCAACUUUUUUCAGAUGGUUGAUGAGCUGUGUAUGACGCGCAAGAGGGUCUAUUCAACAGAUAUGCUUUUGAAAGCCUGGAGCAUUGUGAAGGAUGAAGUCAAAAGUUCGUCUGAUCGAAUGAAGAUACAAAACGUGCAACAAAAGCUAGAAAUUAUGGGCUUCUUCCAGUUCUUUGUUUCUGCACUAUUAAAUCCCAUUAAAUGAUAUAUCAGAUAUGGAGAAAUAGGGCCCCAAAGAAUAUUGUAAGAUUUGGUACCAAUGCUAAAAUAUUUUGACAAAAUGUGGUAUAUCAUAUACCACAAACUGGGGUGAUGCUAAAACACGGAACGGAAAACGAAACGGAACAGAAAAUUUAAAAAAUACAUGAAUUAAAAUUUUCGUAACUUGAUAUAAUGUGACAUAAAUAUUAUCUUUAUGCAUGCAUUAAUUAUCAUCGAUGGACAUUAAUUGAUCUCAAUGAAGAUAAAUAUAUUCAAUUAUUUUACGCGGUGUAUUAAACUUUUGCUCUCACAAUUGAACUUACUUUAAACAAUGCUUUAUUUACAAUUAUUGGAUUGAACAGACCUAAUGAGUAUCAACUACAGUAUUGCACGCUACCUCAUUGAUAUAAGUAAUUCAAUGGAAGAGAGCAUCCAUAUCGAAAUAUCAUUUUAAAUUGUAUUAUUAUUGUAUAUUUAUUUCAUGUGAUAUGAGUGAUGAAUCUAAAUCCCCUAUGUCUGUGCCACAAUACUAAAUGGAAAUACAAAGUGCAUACAUUCAGCAGUUAGCGCGUACUAUACAUCUCUAAAUCAUAAUUCAUACAUGAAAAAGCAGAUCUUUUUAAACUUACUUGCAGCAUAACCCAGAAUUUCUACGUUUUCAUGCAUUAAGCACCCGUGAAAUCACUUGAAUUCUAAAUUAAUCAUACAAAUCCGAUCGGCAAAGUUUAAAAUGCUAGGGACAGGUCUCCUUAAAACCCAUAGCCCAGGUUAAAGGAUCAAUUUUGGCCUAUUUUCAGAAGUUGGUAAUUUUAUGCCCUAAUACUAUAUAGGGUGUGUACUUUCUAUAUAUAGUAAUUAUAUCCAUGUAUUACGUAUAUUUUUUGUGAUAUGAAGCAGCAAAGUUGGCAUGUUUUGCGAGUGCAAGAUUUAACGUUGCGUCUUUAACCUGUGUCUGAUGACGUUUUCUCAAUUCUUAUUCAGAAAAAAAAUAGUUCAAUAUACCUUGUUAAUUAAUUUGCUUUGGAUAAUUUUUAAAACGUUAUUAACACACACACACAAAAUCCUUUCCAAUAACAUCAUACAAAUAUCAUAUUCAAAAAACUAUUUACAAUUAACGUGUAUUUGAAUUGUGAUAUGAAGUAGAAAAGUUGUCAUGUUUUGCGAGUGCAACCCGUGUCUGAUGACGUUUUCUCAAUUCUUAUACAGAAAAAAUAGUUUAAUAUACCUUGUUAAUUAAAAUCCUUCGGAUAAAUUUUAUGAAUUUGUUGAUACACAUAUACAAAAAUUAUUUUCAAUAGCAUUAUAGAAAUAUCAUAAACUAUCUAAAACUAACGUGUAUUUCAAUCAAUCAUGACCAUAGCCAUCGAAAUCCUUGUUUGAAAAGUUAGACUAAAGAUGGUUAAAUGUGAAGUAAUUACGUGUAUUCUAUUGUAAAAAAAAAAAAACUUUUAAUGUUACAAGAUUUUUUGUUGCAAUGAAUAUAGUGUGUACACUUUUUUUUUUUUGGAAAAUACAUUUCAGCUUACUUUUUAGCACUCUCAGCUGAAAAUGUAAAUAGUGCCUAAAGCACAGUGCAUUGUGACGUAAAACAACUUGGCUGUUAUAUAAUCUUAGUAUCAAAUGUGUGUAAUGCGUAAUUUUUUCUGGAAUUGUCAGAUUUUAUAAUUUCACCAUGAGCACAGGGAAGGCGAUUGAUGAAAGACCAUUUUUAUUAUUAAUUGAAGUAUUUCGUUUAUCACACGCACAUACCAUCCAUCGCCUUGAAUGUGCUCAUAUCAUAAUAUUGACAAAUGUAAGUAAAAUUUUGAAGUUUUGGCUAAGAAAUAGCGAUCCAUGUAAAUUCGGGAACGUAUUAUUCUACUAUGUGACGUUUUGGCGCCAUUUUGUUUCUAUAUUUGAAGAGGGUGUUGCCCCCAAAUGACUUCGAUAGGUAAAAGUAUAUCAUCUACUUUAUUUUUCUUGAUUUUACUAGGCCAAAUUCAUAUGCUAAGCGUACCUUCUCCUUUACUAAUAUGUAAAUAUAGAGAGCUUCCAUUUCUUGUCAAAUGGGGAAUAUAUAGCACAUAUAAGAUGAUAUCUAGUCGUAUUUCACAAUGACAAACAACUGACUGUGACUCACAAAUAUAGGAUGUUUAUCAUCAACAAUUGAAUAAUCAUAUUUCUAAAUAGAUCGAGAAGAAACUGCUUUUUUCUAAACCUUUAAGGGAAUCAGUUUGCCCCCACAUCAUGAUUCAGUCUGCCUUGCGUCAAGAAUCAUGAUUCAGUUUGUCUUACGUUAAGAAUUAUGCAUCUGUUGGGAUACUCUUCAAAUGAACGCGUUUCAAAAGGCAGCCCACAUUUUGGAAAAGACUCUGUCACCUGAUCUUUGCUGUCUUCAAGAAAUAACUCUGAAGAAUUAAAACAUAUCCGCAUGUACGAACUUUCUAUCUCAAAUGAGAUAAACCUUGCAUACACAACGGACUCGUUUGCUUUAAAAUUCAUAUAUAUCAAUUUUAGAACAUAUUACAAGUGUAGAACUAAACUAAAAUUCAAGUUGAAUGAACUCAAUGUCUUAAAAUUAUCUAGUUCGAUUAAAAAUAAGUUCGUUUUAAAAAGGCUGUACUUGGGGGAAAUUUUUGAGAAGAUUAUUUUCAUCUUUUUCAAUGUUGUGUUUAGGGGGAUGAAAAUCUCUUAUUAAUUAAGUAGCCUUCUAAAUUCGUUCUUAAAAUUAUCUAGUUCGAUUAAAAGUAAGUUCGUUUUAAAAAGGCUGUGUUUGGGGGAAAUUUUUGAGAAGAUUAUUUUCAUCCUUUUCAAUGUUGUGUUUAGGGGGAUGAAAAUCUCUUAUUAAAUUCUGAAUUCGUUUUUUUUUUUUACUGUAGCAGUCAGAAGAAAAAAAAUAAUGAAAGUUUUAAAAUACUAGACAAAAUUGAAGCUAUUUUCAGUGUUUUUGUAAAUUUGUGAAACAACAUACUGCCACAAUCAAUGAAAAGGGAGAUAAAAAUGAUAAAGCCGAGAAAAGAGGGGGUGGUGCUAAUAGGCGCUUACCUAAUAUAUUUCAUAAUCUAAAUACAUAAGUUUAUGCUUUAGUGUAUCAUUAAUCUAGAAGUACAUGAAACGUUGGAAUCUAGCGAUGUGUUCCCGCUCUCUCUGUAAUUUCUGCUUCCCUUGUUCAUAAUAAGCCUUUUGAUUUAAUAUAAUGCGGAUAUCGUACAGUGUUUUCCGUUCUGUUCCGUUUUCCGUGCAAUGGUCACGCAACACUCCCAAAAUGGUGUAAAGUCUUUUGUCUUUGUAAGAAUAGGAAAGCUUAUUUCAUAAAUAUUUGUUUCUUGCAAUUUGUACAGCUAAUCGAUAUUCAGUUUUGUUAAAUAUUUAAUAUUUUAAAUUAGUGUCAAUUCAAAAAACAGAGCGGUUCUAUAUUUCAGAUCAUUCAAAAUUCAUAGAAUACACGGGAUUAUUUUUCUUUUGAAUCUAUGAAAAUUAUUACUUUCAUUAAAAGAUAUGUAAAAAAAAAAAAAAAAAAAAAAAACCACCUGCUUUUUGGUUUUUUUUUAUAUAUACCUGUAUAUAAAUUUGUUUAAUGUUUGUAUAUUGUUGUUUUUUAUAUAUACCUGUAUAUAAAUUUGUUUUUUAUAUAUACUUGUAUAUAAAUUUGUUUUUUAUAUAUACCUCUAUAUAAAUUUGUUAAAUGUUUGUACAUAUGUAUAUUGUUUUACGUCACACUCGUACGUUAUUCAUAUUGAGAUCUGAAGUGUCACAAAGCUGUGCAUAGCGCAACGCUUGUGUAGGAACAAUCGUUACUUAUAUCAUGAUGAUUUACAUUUCAGUUUUCUCUUUAGACAAACAUAUCGACAACACGAUUCUGUCCGUAUAGAAGAAAAUUGCUCUUAUCUUCAAAUUAUUGUAAAAUAUUAAAUUUACUAUUAUCAUGGAAAGUGUAGACCUUACAUUUAUACCAUUUAUUAUAAUUUGCAUGAUGUAAUACAUAUGACGAUUAGCCUCAA